UUGAAAAUAAAAAUAACUAAAUGUCAAACAACAUUCGUAAAGGAGCCGUAAAAGUACAUAUUUAUAUAUUGUUAUUUAUGACGUGCAAAGUUCAUUUUAUCUCAGAUUAUUAUUAGAAUGAAUUACAUUGUCUUUGAAAGGUCGUAUGUCAAUAACUAUUUAGUGAAAAUGAUGAUUGAAUCCAUAGGUUAAGUGGAGAUGUUUUGCUGUUUUAUGUGUGUGAUCGAAAUAAUGAAUACGUAGGAAGUUUUUUUGUAGAAUUUAUCGAUCUUUGCAUAUAGCAUAUAGCAGAAUAGAUAGAAAUUAGCUUUCUUCCAACAAAAAAUAGAAGCAGGCAAAAUUAUAUAAAUUUUUAGUAAGCAGAAUUUAAAAUAGUUUUCGUAAAAUAAAUGCAGCGGCAAGAAAAUAUCGUACUGGCUGCCUAUGUACCACUAGCACCAUCUACGGCCACUUCCUAAAUUUAAUUUUACAUAGACGGAGGGGUGAGAGCUGGAUAGCAAAUAUUACUGGUGGGGGACUUCGUGCUGAAGCACACGUAAAGGUCACCUUCAGUUUUAGUUGGACUCAAGACGCGAAAGCGGUCUCUGCUGUUUAGUCAGAACAUCGUAGGUCUACAAGUAUAGGAAAUUUUAAAAUCAAGCAAGAAUUGUCCACAUUCUAAUCUUUAUUGGUAACUGGACGUAUAUUUGUUCGGGAUAUACUUGGUAUCUCGCAGCAAAGAUGGCAGAAGAGGCAGCAGCACAGAGGUUUAUAAAACCUGGUAGUCAUAAGGGUAAAGGCCUUGCAGUCUUUACUAGUGGAGGUGACUCUCAAGGAAUGAAUGCGGCAGUUCGAGCAGUUGUCAGAAUGGGUAUUUACCUAGGUUGUAAAGUUUUUUUCAUCAAUGAAGGCUAUCAGGGUAUGGUGGAUGGUGGAAAUAAUAUUGUAGAAGCUAAUUGGUCAUCUGUCUCUUGUAUCAUUCAUAAAGGCGGUACAGUAAUAGGAUCUGCUCGUUGCAAAGACUUUAGGGAACGAGCUGGUCGUAGAAAAGCUGCAAAAAAUUUAGUAACUCGUGGAAUAGCUAACUUGGUUGUAAUAGGUGGUGAUGGUUCGCUUACUGGUGCAAAUUUAUUUAAAGAGGAAUGGUCAGAUCUAUUAAAAGAAUUAGCUGAAGCAGGUGAAAUUACUUCAGAACAAGCAGAAAAAUACCAACAUUUACAUAUUGCUGGUAUGGUAGGUUCUAUCGAUAAUGAUUUUUGUGGGACAGACAUGACUAUUGGUACCGAUUCAGCGUUACAUCGUAUUAUUGAGAGUAUCGAUGCUAUUGUUAGUACUGCAUAUUCUCAUCAAAGAACAUUCAUAAUGGAAGUUAUGGGUCGACAUUGCGGUUACCUGGCUCUAGUGGCAGCCAUAUGUUCCGAAGCUGAUUAUGUGUUCAUCCCAGAGUGGCCACCUGAACAGGAUUGGCCAAACAAGCUGUGCAAAAAGCUAUUACAGGAAAGACUCACAGGACAACGACUUAACAUUAUUAUUGUGGCAGAAGGCGCAAUAGAUAGAAACGGCCAACCAAUUACUGCUGAGAAGGUUCAUAAAGUUGUUGUAGACAAACUGCAGCAAGACACAAGGAUUACAGUUCUUGGUCAUGUUCAAAGAGGUGGUAAUCCAUCAGCUUUUGAUAGAGUUCUGGGUUGUCGAAUGGGAGCAGAAGCAGUAAUGGCAUUGAUGGAAGCGAAACCAGACACUGAAGCAUGUGUUGUUACACUGGAUGGUAAUCAAGCUGUUAGAUUACCUCUUAUGGAGUGCGUUCGUCGUACUAAAGCAGUAGCACAAGCUAUGGCUGAUAAAAAUUGGGAUCUUGCUGUUCAACUUCGCGGAAAGGGAUUUGCUCGUAAUUUGGAUACAUAUAAAAUGUUAACCCGUUUGAAAGCACCUGUAGAUCACGACCCUAGUAAGGAAAGUAAUGGCCCGAUAUUAAAAAAGCAAUUCACUUUAUGUGGACAACAACACUAUACGUUAGGUGUGAUGCAUAUUGGUUCACCUUCUUGUGGUAUGAAUGCUGCGGUGCGUUCUUUCGUUCGGAACUGUAUAUAUCGAGGUGAUAAGGUAUAUGGUAUUUGUGACGGAAUAAUGGGCCUUAUGGCUGGAAAAUUUAAAUUGAUGGAUUGGCCUUCUGUCACUGGUUGGGUAGCACAAGGUGGUGCUUAUUUAGGAACUAAACGUGCCCCACCCAAAGAGGAGCAGUUGCCUCAAAUUGCUCAGAGACUUAAAGAAUACGGAAUUCAAGCUUUGCUCAUCAUAGGAGGGUUUGAGGGUUAUCAAACAGGACUUACCUUUUUCAAAGCUAGGGACAAGUAUGAAGAAUUCCGAAUUCCUAUUGCUAUGAUUCCGGCGACUAUUAGCAAUAACGUUCCAGGAACCGAGUUUUCAUUAGGUUGUGACACUGCUUUAAAUGAAAUUACAGAGAUCUGUGAUCGAAUUCGUCAAUCGGCGCAAGGUACAAAGCGUCGAGUAUUUAUUAUUGAAACUAUGGGUGGAUAUUGCGGUUAUUUAGCUACGGUCGCUGGAUUAGCCGGAGGUGCUGACGCAGCAUAUAUUUUCGAAGAGAAGUUUAAUAUUAAAGACUUAAAUCAGGAUGUCAUUGCGAUGGCAGCAAAAAUGUCCGAAGGUGUACAGAGAGGUCUUAUUUUGAGAAAUGAAAAUGCUAACUUGAAUUAUAAUACAGAUUUUAUGCAGAGACUUUUUAGCGAAGAAGGAAAGGGUCUAUUCAGCUGUAGAAUGAACAUUAUUGGUCACAUGCAACAAGGUGGUUCACCGACUCCAUUUGAUCGCAAUUUGGGCACAAAAAUGGGAUCUAAGGCAGUUGAGUGGUUUACCGAACAAUUAAAAAAAUAUAGCAACGAUGGCAGUAAGAUAACAACGAUGGAUGCUGAUAGUGCAGUUAUGAUUGGUAUUGUGCGAAGACAGUAUAGAUUUACGCCGUUUACAGAACUUAUUGAAGUUACGGAUUUCGAACACCGUAUUCCGACAUAUCAGUGGUGGAUGAAAUUACGGCCAUUACUCAAAGUUUUAGCAAAACACGAGUCUACAUACGAGGAAGAAGGACUUUAUAUCACUGUAGAAGAAAUGGAUCUUGAUAAUGAUCCUCUUGUAUAAAUUACAUGUAUGUGAUGAAAGCUUUAACAGAAAUUCAUCAGUAUGGCAACGCUUUUAGAGGGUAUUAUAUUCUACCCUUUCUAAUACUGUUGGUUGCAAUGUGAACUAAGAAUCGAAUUACAGCUUUCAUGGCUAUUUUACGAUCUUGCGAGUAAAUUUAGGCUAUAUUUGUGGUCUAUUAAGAUAUAAAAUUAAACUUAAUGUGGCAUCUUUCUUAAAUGAAAACUUAUCAUUUGAUUUAGCUUUACCUAUAGCUAUGAAAAGCUAUUUGAAGAAUAUACUUGUCUACCUCAAAAUAUAAUUUGCAACGACAAGCGAUACUUAGGACAAACUAAAGACCUAAGUCUUACUGGUUGCAUAUAACGUUAAAAGGUUUCGCUAAGAUUUAAGGCUUGUGACCACAGGAAUAUUUAGAUUUAAUUCGUGUUAUUAUUAUACUCGUGUAUUAUCAUGUGUAUUCAUCUCGACAAGUCGUACAGAUAUUAAACUCGAUAUUGUUUUCUUGGAUGUAGAAAAGAACAAUUUCUACAAAAUUUUAGAAUCGUAAAUUUUUUUAACAUUAACGAUCAUGGUAUUUAUUGAAUUUAUCUCUCUUUUAAAAACUUGAUAAGAUGAUGUUAAUUAAAGUUCGGUGAUACAAUUAAGAAACACAUAAAGAAGAUUUUCAAGGAACUGACUGACACGUCCAUUUAAUAUAAAAUACUACAAGUCGUGCUUCGAUUUACAAUGUUGCAAUAUUAAAGAACGUCUACAUUUCUCACUACCGUUUUUAGAAUGUAAACACGUUCGUCUAAGUCAACAACAAUCGGAUCAGGAUAUGAAAUAUUUUUAUUUGAGAUACAGAACAACGUCUCACGAACAUAACAUAAAAUAAUCUAAUUUAUAUUUGUCAUUGAAUCCUAAACUAGUUUAAUACAGCAAAAUUACGUGUAUAUUUUAGGGAGGAUAAUGCAUGUUGUUUAUUUAAAAUUGUUGUUGUAAAUGCAAAUGAUUUAGCAAUAUACUGAGACAAUAGAUGUUGUUGACAAGCAUAUGAAAGAAAAAAUAUUAUUCGAUAUAAACGAAACUGUAUCUGUGAAGAUAACACUCUCAAAGGGUUAUAAUGAUUCUCGAAGAUAUCCUCUUUACAUUGCCUUCGCAUAUUACGUAUGAUUGUUAAAAAUAUAAACUUAUUAUGGCCUAAUCAAUGGAGGAUCUGCACUUGAAAUUUAAAUAGUUAUCAAUACAAGAGUGGAUGAUAGAAAAAGUAUCGGAUAUAAAGGAAAUUGUAAAAAUUUAUAAGGAUAAACAAAAGUAAUAUAUUAUAAAGCAUGUGUAAAUAAGUACACCGAUCCGCUUUUGUGUAUGAAAAUAGAACUGUUACAACACACACAGACACAAGAUGUAUUUUAUAUAACUUUAAGUAUAAAUUCCGAAUUUUGAUCGUAUAUCAUAUGUGUUCAUUUAAGUGCAUCAGAGCAGACAGAUUAUCGUUCCACUGCUAAGCAUGCUAAUACAAACAUAUAAUGUACAAAUACACAAGCGUUAAUAUCAUACCACUAUGAUUAACUAAUAAUAUAAUGAAAAUAUAACGUUGGAAGAGUAUUAUUUUUACGAUUACAGAGGUAUAUUUUCGACUCAUUGUUGAUCAAUGAAUUUUACAGUUUAUCUCUGGCAUAAUAUAUAUGAAAUUUAGAAAUUAUUUUGUUCCAAUAUUGAAUUGUUAAAUAUGUAUUUUCCCUUUACCGUCACAUAACUAUUAACAUAUUUAUUUAUAGAUAAAUAUUUAAAGUGUCGCGAAAUAUUUGUGGUGAUUGCAUAGUUUUAACAAUAAAUGCAUAGGAAUAUGUAUAAGAAUAUUGUGACCACUAAAAAUGUACCUAAUACUAUUAAUAAAGUGUAUCUUACAAUGUU